AUGUUCAAUCGACCAACACGAACGAGAAAUCACAAGAAACGAGAAUACCACGAAAGUUACGACCGUAUUCGAUUAAAGAAUAAUUUUCUUUACUAUCCAAAGACCUUAGAAAAACAGUGCACCGAUUAUGUGAUUACCAACGAAAACAGAUACUUUAGCGAUUCAGACUGUGAUAGCAUACUCAAUACCUAUGUUUAUGGGAAUAUCAGUAGUGAUCCCGAUGAGCAUGAGGAUGAUGAGAUUAAUAACAAUUGCAAUAUCCCAAAACCAGAUCAGGGUUUAUUUUGCAUUGAGGAUAGUGGUUCAGAUAUUUAUGAUAGCGACAAAGACCCAGAAUACACCCCUGAAUUAGACAAUUUAAGUGUAGUCAAUAAUGAUAAUACUUUUGUAAAUGAUGACUAUGGAGUUGGUGAUAAUGAUAAUAUAAAUGAUGUAAAUUAUUCAAAAUCUUAUUAG